AUGCAAACCAUUUUACCAUUUACUGGUCGCCCCGGGGACUGUUUGAGCGUUGGCCCAUCCCAAGGCCUUGUCUACACCAUCGACGACGAUAUCGUGAUCAAGGUGCCAUUUCAAUAUCCCAUCUCCCAAAAUCUGGAUUCACACCUGUUAGACCUCUCACUCAAAAGCUUCCGGUGUACGCCGUGCUACAAACCCAUCCGCAUCCCAACAUCGUACGACGGCUGGAAAGUGACCAACUUGAUUGUCUCUUCUUGGAGCGGCUUUACACCACUAGAAGCGGCAUGGCCUCACUCAACUGAAUCGGACCGAAGACGAUGGGCCCUGGAGCUGCUCGGCGCAAUCAGCUGGCUCGAGGGGCAUGGCUGGGCGAAUGGCGACCUUGCAGUACGGAACCUGGGCGUCGAUACCACAAACCGCUUAAAGGUCUUUGACUUUGGAUCCUCCAUCAAUAAUUCUCAUCCGGAUUACGCAAACGACAUUGUCAGGGACCAUUUCGACCUGGCGACAUGCUUGAAUUACAUCCUUUCGGGCAUCGAUCCAUUCGCAACUGCACGUUCAUACAGAGAUGUCAAGAAGAUCCGAACAGAGCUGAUGGAAGGUCGCGGUAGCGUUGGGCAAGGCGCUGAGGUACUGGCUGGUAUUAUUCAAGGUGGCUGGACCGGGCGGGGUUCAUCUACAGGCUUCCGUCAACUUUUAGAGCAAGCCUCUGACAUCUUUGGUCCUCUUACCGGCAACAUUUUGCCAGAACAUCAAGAAGGUCAUUAUGAACGCCUCGAAUCUCGUUGCAGGGAUUGGCUCCGCAAGUCGUCCAGGAAUGAGCACUGGAAAGAUGUCGAUGGGUACCUUCUGUCUUGUAAAUCUGCGGGACAUGAAGCAGACUUGGAGAUCUGGCGUUAA